CACGCCCACUCACGUGUGAGCCACUGCAUGCUCUUCAUAGGGGCUCAAGUAAAUAGAAGAAAGAAAAGCACGUCGUGCGGUCUGGGCUGUGGGUGAAGUUGAAGCUGGUGUGUGUCAAGGCCUGCUGAGACCCUUAAUGAGAGAAGAGUGCUCGGUUUAUCGACGUGUUUCAGAAAGAAACUUGAUGUAAGAUGGCGAGAGGGAAGCCGAAAGAGGAGCAGAAAAUCCCCCGCGGUGCCAGAAAACGCCAGAACGAAGACUGUUCGGAGUCUCUGUCUAAGAAGCUGAAGGCGAAGAAAGAUGGAAAGACGUUAGCAAAAACAGAGACCUACAUUCAGGCAAGUGUAAAGUGGACUGGAGGGCUGAAGAAAUGUACCCAAAUAAGCAUACCUCACUACAUCUACAAGAGCUCAUUAGGACAGAGCAUCCACUCUCAUCUACGACAGUGCCUCCAAGAGCCUUUUAUACGCUCGCUGGACUCCUACAGACUGCACCGCACAGCGAGCCCAUUUGACCGGAGGGUCACGUGUUUGGAGUGGCACCCCAGCCAUCCCAGCACUCUGGCAGUGGGCUCCAAGGGUGGAGACAUCAUCCUGUGGGACUAUGAUGUGUUGAACAAGACAACAUUUAUACAAGGGAAGGGAGCUGGUGACUUUAUUGGGGGGAUGAAGUACUGCCCCACAGAUGUAUCCAAAGUCUACGUGGCCUCUGGUGAUGGCACUGUAACUUUACAGAGCUUUGAAGGUCUCCCAAGCGAGACACUGUCUCGAACCCCAGACUGCAGUCAUGAGCACCACAGUCUUUGUUACUGGUACUGCUGCGUGGAUGUGUCAGUGAGUCGCCAGAUGCUUGUCACCGGGGACAAUGGAGGAAGACUGCAUCUGCUUGGACUUGAUGGAAAAGAGAUUUUCAGUGAGAAGCUGCACAAGGGCAAAGUGACCCAUGCAGAAUUCAACGUGCGCUGUGACUGGCUGAUGGCGACAGCAUCUGUAGACAGCACUGUCAAGCUGUGGGACCUCAGGAACAUUAAGGACAAAAGCAGCUUCUUGCAUGAAAUGGUACACGAGAAACCAGUUAAUUCUGCCUAUUUCAACCCCACGGAUAGCACCAAGCUUCUCACCACUGACCAAAUGAAUGAAAUCAGGAUAUAUUCUUCUUGUGAUUGGUCCAAGCCAGCUCAGGUUAUUGUACAUCCGCACCGGCAAUUCCAGCACCUGACACCAAUCAAGGCAACCUGGCAUCCCAUAUAUGACCUGAUCGUGGCUGGCCGCUAUCCAGAUGACCGUGUCUUUCCUGAUGAUGAGAGAACUAUUGAUGUCUUUGAUGCUAACACUGGCAGACUUGUUCACCAGCUGAGAGACCCCAAUACCCAUGGUAUUGUAUCUCUCAACAAAUUCAGCCCAGUAGGGGAUGUGUUGGCAUCUGGAAUGGGCUAUAAUAUUUUGAUAUGGAGGCGAGAUGAUACAGUGAGCCAUAUGCCUGGAAGACAGAGUGAGAAAGAUACAGAGGCUGGAGGGAGAGCAGGAAGCUCCAGAGCGCAACGAGGCAAUCCACUGCGGCCCCGCAGUGAAAGAAGAGGAACUGCAGAAAGUACCAAGCUAAAGAAAAAACUGGAAUCAACCGAGACCAAGUCAAGGACCAAAAGCAAGACUCAAUGUAAAACGCAAAAAAACAAGAAGCCAUAGAUGGCCACAGCUACUGUAUUAACAAUGAUCAUUUUACUGUAAAGCAGUGUUACAAAUCUUAUACGGCAACAUUUGUUUUGUACGUGAAAAAAAAGUUUUCCAAGUUUAACAUUUUGUUCCUGUUCAUAUUAAACAUUGUACAUUUUACACUUUGAAUAUAAUAAACUUUGUACUUUUUUACAUGAAAA